AUCUUCUGUGUGGGGAAAGGAAAAUAAAGCCCCUGUUUCUGCUGGCAGAGCGCUCCCUGCUCCUCGCAUCACACAGCAGCAGGAUGGGCACAGUGGAUGCCUAUUUGCGCCAGCCCUGGAGCACUGUGCAUGCCAUCCCCAUGGUUAGUGCCUUUGCUCAGAACUGGGAGAGAGUGGAUAACUUCCAGAGCCGUCCUGAUGACAUCGUGGUGGCCACCUUCCCCAAGUCAGGCACCACCUGGAUCAGUGAGAUCGUGGACAUGAUCCUUCAAGGUGGUGACCCCAAGAAGUGCAAGCGGGAUGCCAUCGUCAACCGGGUACCCAUGUUGGAGUUUGCUGCCCCCGGGCAGAUGCCAGCAGGCACAGAGCAGCUGGAGAACAUGCCAUCCCCUCGUAUCAUCAAGACUCAUAUCCCAGCUGACAUCUUACCCAAAUCCUUCUGGGACAAAAGCUGCAAGAUGAUCUAUGUGGGCCGCAAUGCCAAGGAUGUGGCUGUCUCCUACUACCACUUUGACCUGAUGAACAAGCUGCACCCUCACCCAGGGACAUGGGACCAGUACCUGGAGGCUUUCAUGGCUGGCAAAGUGGCCUAUGGCUCUUGGUUUGACCACGUGCGGGGCUACUGGGAGCGCCGGCAGGAGCACCCCAUCCUCUACCUCUUCUAUGAGGACAUGAAGGAGGAUCUCCGCCGGGAGGUUGCCAAGGUGGCCCAGUUCCUGGGGCGGGAGCUGACGGAAGUGGCACUGGACGCCAUUGCCCACCACACAUCCUUUGAGGCCAUGCGGGACAAUCCCAGCACCAACUACAGCGUUGUGCCCUCCCAGCUCAUGGACCACGGGAUCUCCCCCUUCAUGCGCAAAGGCAUCACCGGUGACUGGAAGAACCACUUCACUGUGGCCCAGAGUGCACACUUUGACCAGUACUAUGCUCAGAAGAUGGCGGGCACUGACCUGCGCUUCCGCACACACAUCUGAGGUGCCUUCUCCUGUCCUCAUUCCACAGCCCCGUAUCGCCCACCCAUGCCCACGGGACCACCUGAGCAACACCAUGGGCUCCUUCCCCUUUCUUGGUGCUGCCGGAGAGAAAUAAAGUGUCCUUGCUGAGCCCACUCUG